GAGAUGCCGUGGCUGAUUAUUGAGACUAGCUGCAGCCUGAUUGGCUGGUUCUUUCUGUACGUGUUGCUGUGUCACUUGAACAGUGAUGGAGAUUACGAGUGGAACUGCAGGCUGGUGACUUUGCUCCAUGGCAUCCUGAGCGUCUGUGUGACUGCCUACAUUGGGUUCAUUGCUGGGCCAUGGCCUUUCACGCACCCAGGCACUGAAAACACAUCUCUCCAGAUCCUGGCUCUUGUUCUCAGCUUGGGAUACUUCUUCUUCGACAUGGCUUGGUGUGUGCAUUUCCGCACCGAGGGUCUGGUGAUGUUGGCCCACCACACCAUGAGCAUCUUCGGGAUCCUGCUGGCGCUGGGACUCGGCGAGUCGGGCAUCGAGACCUGCGCUGUGCUCUUCGGCAGUGAGAUCACCAACCCGCUCCUGCAGGCCCGCUGGUUCCUCAAGCGCAUGGGCCGCUACGACAGUUUAGCUGGAGAUGUGGUGGACCUGCUCUUCAUUCUUCUGUUUGCCUCUGUGAGGAUCGGGGUCGGGAGCAGAAUGCUGUACUGUGAAUUAACCUCUCCAAAGCCAUUGUUUAUAGUGAAGGUUUGCGGGGUGGCUAUUUACACUCUCUCCUGGGUCUUCAUGGUGGACAUUGCACGUUUCGCCUGCAGGAAAACUCGCACCAAAUACAGGCGAUGGAAGGAACGGUACAAGCUGGAGGAUUGUAAUGGACAUGCUGUUAAAGUGAAAUAGACCAUUCUGUGAACAAAUGGCAUAUCUGUUGAUAUAUGUAGCUAGAAGGAUCGUGUUAAAGGGAUAGUUCAGCCCAAAAUGAAAAUUCUGUCAUUAUUUAC